CCGUUGACACCACUUUCUUCACUCACACCCUUGGCUUUUUCUGGGGUUGUCCGGUGUUAGCAAGAAGUCCAGCUCAAAGCCCCUUCGGUAUAGGAAAAUCUGAUAGCCAUGGUACACUAGAAAGGAUCGUCGUCCUCUCCCUUCGCACUAGGAAGGUCUCCUCUUAUCCUUGCUGGAACCUUGUUUCAACGACAGUCCCAGCUCGUGGAAGUCUCGUUUGUCUACGGUCCUCUUAUCAGUCGACCCCGUACAGCCGUAGAUACGCAGAGCUGAGUCGGCCUGUAUAUCGGCGCCAUGUGGUCCGUCCCGUUAUGGACCUACCCUCUCAUAGCAGCAUGUUCUUGGCUAGCAAUGCUCAUCAGCAUGCUGGCCUACUGGCUGGAGGCGGGAGAGCCGGUUUAUGAGACGAUGCGGGGAUCGCGGACAUUUCCGUUCAUAUCGGAUAUUGGAUCGCAGGAACCGAAGCCCGUGUUUGUCUUUGGGAGUUUCCUUACGAUGCUGUUUCUGAGUCUCUCGAUCAUUCUCAAACAAUGGCCGAGGGAGAAAGACCAGAUCGUUCAGAGAUCACGAUACACGGGCCCGUUCUGCACAUAUCUGUCCAUUCUUUCUUCUAUCAUCGGGAGCAUGGCGCUGGUUCUAUCGGCGGUAUUUGAUAACAAUCAUUAUCGAACAUUGCAUGAUAAUACGUCAUUCAUUUUUAUAACCUCCUUCCUUCUCAGCGGAAUAUUCAUUUGCGCAGACUACAUCCAAGUCGGCAUCCACAGCAACUGGGACCACGAAGUCCUAGUCAAAAUCACCACAGUGCGACUCUUCAUCGUCAUUGUUGAACUUUUCCUUUCCCUCGCUUUCAAAUGGGCGUCUAUCAACACUAGCACGAAGCACCCAUCAGCCAUCCUCGAGUGGGUGGUCGCAUUCCUUUUCACCGGCCAUAUCCUCUGCUUCUUCGUCGACCUUCAUCCGCCAUUCCGCACUUACCUUCUAUACGAAUACACAUCGUUACCCAUGUCCGAGAUCCCAUUCUGAGCGAUUGGUGGGACGUACGAAAAGAUAUA